AUGAAUGAACUCAAAAAAAGACAAGGAGGAGCUCAAAAAUUACGAGAGAAAAACCAAAAAUUGAUGAAAUUAUCAGCUAACAAAUGUCUUAAAAUAAGCGAUUUCAUUCCCAACAGAAAUCCUGAUAUAAGUAAAGCUGAUGAAAAAGUGACAACAAAAAGUAAAAAUGAUGUAAAGAUCCAAAUUAAUUCCAAUAAUAACACAACGUCAACGACUGGAACCGAAUCUGAAGAUAUUACAGCAACUAAUGAAGUACUAAAUAGUGACGAUGUAGCAGUUGAAAAUUUGUCAGAAUGUACACAAAAUGAGAUUCAAGUUCAGAUCGAUUCAAACAUUAGCAUCGCAGAAACCGUCAGCCAUCAUCCUGUUUGUGAUUGUGAUAUGGUUGUUGAUCAAGGUGUAAUUAUUGUAGAACAAAAUAUUUACUGGUUUUCUCGUCCACCAUCAACACUUCUCAAUAAAUUUUUUGAAAUCCAUCCAACUCAAACUACCAGAGAUCCUAUUAUUGUGAAAUCUUUUGUACGGAAAAAUGGAACGAAUCGUAAAUGGUUAUCUUACUCUGAAGGCAACGAUGCAUUAUAUUGUUCAAUAUGUUUAGCAUUUUUACCAACUGUUGUAAUGAGUUCUUUUGUUAGUGGAAUGACAGAUAGAAGACAUAUUCAUCAAAGAGUUGAUGAACAUGAAAAAUCAGCAUCGCAUAACGAAUGCACAGAAAACUAUUUCCAACAUGUAUCUAGAUCCAACGUCUCAAAUUUACUGUUUUCUACUCAAAUUUCUGUACGUGGAGAGCAAGUUCAAAAGCGACGUCUUGUGCUCCUGCGAGUGAUAGAAAUUAUUAAAGUAAUUGGAAAACGUGGUCUUAGUUACAAGGGACAUGAGUUUGAAGCUGCUUAUACAUUAUCAGAUAAUUCAAUUGAUCAUGGAAAUUUCUUAGAAAUGGUGUUACUUGUCAGUAAAUAUGAUACUUGUUUAAAAGAAACAUUUAAAUAG